AUGCCCCCAACCGCCAAUCUCCCGACCCCAGCUGCCGGCGACAUCUUCACCCACAAUGGGAAUCUGAAAGUCUCAAACGCUGCAGCAAACAUAUUCCUUGUAUACGAUUGCGAUUCAAAUGAUGCCGGUAGGCUCCCGUCGAGUCUCACUGUUGACUUUGUCAUGGGAAAUGUCUAUGUCAUCGACUCUUCGCUAUUCGGUCACUGGGGAAGCAACCGCAUCUUUGGGAAUCUCGUCAAAGGACUCGGACUACAACUUGAAGGUCGUCUUGAAGGCGAUCAAUACAUCGACACGGUAUACGACGAUGUGGUAUGUGUUGUCGAAAAACAAUCACCCACCUGCUGUUCGUUUGGCACAGUUGCUGGCAAUCUGAUCACCAUUGCCGACCUCACCGCUCCCGGUGGGAACAACCACCACCAGCAUCACAGUGUCUCGACCAACUACGUACACGGAUGCCACCUGCUCGAAUCCCAUCUUUCGUACGGCGGCGGUCUUCAAAGGGCCUAUUCUGCCUGGGCUUCGAUGACGUUUCCUGCUGCAAAGCCAUCAUCCUUGCCCACGAACCCCAUUCCCUCCAACACUCAAAGGAGUACAUCCGGUACCGGUGUUAGCGUCGAAGCGAGCUCUACGAAUCAUCACGAGACGUUAGGACUCCGAAACGCCGAGCGGGAGGUGAAACAAUUGAGACGCGUCGUUGACAAGUUGUUCUCGCGAAUUAUCUUGGGCCAGACAACCGCCAUGACAGAACAAGGAAUGCUGGAGGAACCAAGCUCGCAAGCACAGCAGACAUCUGGAGGCCCUGAGAACCAACUCAGUGGUGUCUGUGACUCAGACUACCAACGCAUGAUGUGUGCAAAUUGUUGCAGAGCAGGCCACAAGGCUAAGGACUGCAUUGGACCGGUUGAUACCGACGGCUUCAUUUCCGCCUGCCCAAUAUGCAACGUACGCAAUCACACUAUUUCCAGCUGUCCCAAAAUUACAGGGGCCAAAAAGAGUGUCAGGAAAAGCAUAGAAUUCCUGUAUCUCGUUGAACGUCGGCAGAACAAGCCCCCUAUGAAGUCGAGGACUUGCUGGGUGGCUGCUUGGGCUGCCAAAGGUUGCCCAAGGAUACAGUUGCCUCAUACGAAGGAGUUUGCGCGGAAACUUUUACUAGGCAAGAUUUGUUCCGGAACGUACCCCGACUGGCGAACCUAUGACUAUUCUCCACCCUGUUUGCAGCGCGUCAGAACCGACCCUACCUUACUUCGCGACCCAAGUACGAUGUAUGAAAGUGGGAGACCUUGUCGUCUUUUCCCGGGGACACAGGGCACCAUCACUGUUAAUGGAUUCGAGACGGUCAGAGCCAAGAUGCAUAGGCUUGGUAUCGAGCUUCACCCAGAUGUCCCGAACCCGAGUCACGCAAAUCAUACGAAGAAGGCCAAACGAAAGCAGGCUGCCAGGAACUCGGUACAGGAAGCUGAUCCAGGCGUCAAGAUAGAAGGUGGAGAUGCCAGCCGCUUUGCGACAGGGGCCAACUGCACCAUCGUGCAAAGGCAUAUUCCGACCUUGCCAUCGAAACCGGCCUUCAAUACUGCCACGUCUGUCAAUGUCAAACAAGAGACGACUGUAUGA